AUGCCCAUUACGAACUCAAUAGAAGAAGUAUUAGAUAUUGUUAAAGAUAGCUUCGACAAUUUAGCAUCGAGUAGCGAAUUAAGAUUACCUUGUUUCGCUCAUACACUUCAACUUGUUUUUAAAGAUGGCCUAGCAGAAGCCAUAUGUAUUAAACAACCAAUCACCAAAGUAUCAAAAAUAGCAAAAUUAGCACAUUCAAGUACUACUUUUUCAGAAAAAUUAGAAGCAACUGGUGCAAGUAUACCGACAGCAAAUAAAAUUCGAUGGAAUAGUCAACUGUAUACCGUACAAAAAAGACCUGAAAUACCAUCUUCACAAUUAAAUUUGAUGUUAACAGAAUUGAAACUAAAAGACACCCUUCUUAUGCGUCAACAUCGAGCUUCAAUGUCGAAAACAACUUUAUAG